AUGUCAGUCCUGGGUAUCAUUGCAUACUUUUCGUUCCUACUGGCCACAACCUUUUGGGUUCACUCAUUUGUCUACAAUAAGAAUCUCAUACAAAAGUACUCCACGUCCACGGCAAUCCCCGUCAACCAGAUAAACACUUUUAUCCACGAAAAGCUUCGACGACCAUAUAAUUUAACCAUUGCAGAAGUGGAUGUUUCGAAUAUCCAAGAUGACGAACUUGACCACAAAACCUCCAAAUGGGAGCAAGGCACGAGCCGGUUCGAGAAAACGAGAACGUUGGCAACAGGGUUAUUGUUUAGCAUAUCCGUUUCAUUCAGCUUUGGGUUGAUACUACUAAUGAUGUGCGAGUUGGGCGACUACUUUGCCGUCGAGACAAGGUUGAUUUUGUUCAAGUUUACAAUUGACUCGUUGAUGGUCAUCCUUGCGUGUGUGUUGCCCCUUUGCAGUAUCAGCUUAUUGGUGAACCAGGAUCUAGUGCCAAUGCGCGCCACAGGUGCCCGCUUUGGGGCGACAAUCUGUCUAUUUGGCGUUUGGUUCGUCAUUUUGCACAAGUGCGGCGAUUUAACUCAGGAUUUCAGUCCCAGAUCUAACCAAAACACCAAUACCCGGAACUUGAUCGAGAGGAAAAUCAACGAGGUCUCGAUUGUUGGCAUCACCAUCUUGGCCAUACUCUCUGGUAUAGGCUCCAUAUCGACCCCGUACAAAAUGAUCUCGUACCAAUGGAUAAUGGGCAAGAUUCGGAGUCACCAUCCGCGACCAUCUUCAUGCAAGGAGAUUGGAGAAAAUGACAUCAACUGGGCAAUCCAAAACCUAAACAACACGCAAGGGCUCUUGUUUAAGCGGCAGAAUGAGCUAUCUAAAAUGCAGUCCGUCUCCGGUGGCACUUUUUACAAUUUGCCUGAGCAAAACAAAUCCUUUGAUAACAUCCUAAUGUCCAAAUCAAAGAAAAAAAUUGGAUCGAUACUCAACCGCGUUCAAUCGUUUGCAAACUUAGCGCAGGGCAGCAGCAUGUCGGAAGAAGAUGAAAUCCAGCAAGAGAUUGACUCCUUGCAGCGGUUGAAGAAAACAUUGUACAAUGACUUGACAAACUCGAUUCACAGGUACCGGAAUCAACUAGAAGUUGACACCGGCAGCUACAAUUCUAUCGACAAGAUGCUUAAUUUUGGCAACAGCAUCCUUGCAAUAUACUGUAUCUACAGAAUCGUCAAUGUCUUUUUGAUCAAGCUCCCUUUACUUUACGCCUAUGGCUCGCCAUCGUCCUACGAUGACGGAGUGCACUCCGAAGUCAUUGAUUCCAACGAAGAAGCGCCAUCGACAAAGGACGCAUUGGCAAUCACCAUAUCCAAAAUCAUCUUGUCCAUCUUUCAAAACAUCCCCAUGUCGGAAACUCAGUUGGUGAACCAGCUCAGCUUUAUCUUGUCGGGCAGCUUGUUCUGCUGCUCAUUCACAAAUGUCUUGACGACGUUCAAGUCAUUCAGCCGUCUCUUGCCUUUCCAGCUGCAAGAAUCGCGCACGGCCAAGAACUGGCUCAAACACUUGCUCGUGGCUGAGGUGCUUGGGGUUUACGUCUUGGCAACUGCCUUGUUGAUUCGCACAAACUUGCCCGAGAACCUCUCGAACCAGGUCUCGAAGAUGCUUUCCCUUUCGGGGAGUUCUACCAAGAGCAACAGCUCUUCGAUUCGAGAGGUGAUGUUUAUUGACAUCUGGUUUGACAAGGUCUUUGCCAUCUCUUGUGCCUUGACUGCGCUCGUUAUUUUGGUAAGGAGGGUUGCUGAUGGCGAUGAUUUGGAUAUGGGGUCCGAUGGCUCGUACGAUGAGGAACUGUUGUUAGAAGAUCAAAGUUUCAAAGAGGCAUGA